AUGAAUACGAUCCGUCAGAUUCAGGCCCUCAACAAGCGCGAGCUUGAAAAUGCCAUACCUCCAGAAGCAUCAUGGCAUGCCGAUUACCGAGAUACGGCGUACAUCUACAUCGGUGGUCUCCCCUUCGAUCUGUCCGAGGGCGACAUCGUGACCAUCUUUUCGCAAUACGGCGAACCCGUCCAUGUAAACCUAGCGCGCGACAAGGAAACCGGCAAGAGUCGAGGAUUUGCGUGGCUGAAAUACGAAGAUCAGCGCAGUACAGACCUGGCCGUGGACAAUCUAGGCGGUGCGACGGUGAUGGGUCGGAUGCUGCGUGUGGACCACACCAGAUACAAGCGGCGAGAUGACGAGGAGGAAGGAGACAAUGUCGCUAGGCUAAUGGGGGAUGUGGGGACGAAGAACGACCGUGGGGAUGAUACGGACGAUGAGCGACGAAGACGCCGGAGGAGAAGAGGCAGUGAGGAAGACGACGAGCCUCGACGACGACCAUUGCUCAAGGAGGAGAAGGAAUUGGAGGAAUUGAUCAGAACCCACGACGAGGAGGAUCCCAUGAAAGAAUUCUUGAUCGAAGAAAAGAAGGAAGAGGUUGCGCGAGCGCUGGAGAGGGAAAGUAAAUCGUCGCGGAAACGAGACUCCAGCCGCGAUAGAUCGCGUCGCCAUCACCGUCACCACCGUCACCAUCGCCGCCGACAUGACGAGGGUCGCUCGCGUUCUCGAGAGAAGAGCCGGCGGGACUAUAGGUCGCCGUCAAGAGAGGAGCGGUCGCAUAGCACCCGGUCGCCAUCACGCAAGGAAAGGUCCUACAGAGACAGGACGCCAGUGGGAUCUCGGUCACCGCCGCCACGGAGGACGCGAGAUAAGCAUGAUUGA